GUGGUUGGGUCUGAACACGUUGGGGAACGAAAGGUAAGACAAUACAAAAUAAUAAGUCCAAGAAAAAAAAGAGACAAAGUGAGAUAGAUGCUCCAGUUCUAAUUUCCCAUUAUCAUACAAUUGAAUCAAAUUUUAAUUACAAUUUCUGUGAGCGUGGCAAAGCUUUUGAAUUUGGUGCCUCUCAGCUCUGUUUACUCAUCCAGGUAUUCUAACUUUACUUUUUUCUCACUGCAAAUUGCUGGGUUCAUUAUUAUUCACACAUCCCAUUUGCUUCUAGCUCAAAAGGUAUUGCAGAUACAGCAGGAUCAUGAGCGGGGCUUCUGAAAAGAAACUUGUAAGAAUUGAUGUUAGUUCUGAUACUGUGUGUCCAUGGUGCUUUGUUGGGAAAAAGAACCUAGACAAGGCCAUAGCUGCUUCCAAUGAUAAAUACAACUUUGAGAUAAUAUGGCAUCCCUUUCAACUUAACCCUGAUGCCCCUAAAGAAGGCAUUGACAAGAGGGAGUAUUACAGAAGAAAGUUUGGAUCCCAGUCUGUACGGAUGGAAGCUCGGAUGUCAGAGGUGUUCAAGAAUGUUGGUCUGGAAUAUAGUUUGUCUGGACUCACGGGAAACACUAUGGACAGCCACAGGCUUAUAUAUUUUGCUAGACAGCAGGGUCUUGACAAGCAGCAUGAUCUAGUUGAAGAACUUAAUAUUGGCUAUUUCACACAGGGAAAAUACAUUGGUGACCAUAAGUUUCUUCUGGAAUCUGCUGCAAAGGUUGGUAUAGAAGGAGCAGAAGAGUUUCUUAAGGACCCCAACAAUGGUUUGAGGGAGGUGGAGGAAGAGCUCAAAACAUAUUCAGGGAACAUUACAGGAGUUCCAUAUUACGUGAUUAAUGGAAAUCACAAGUUGAGUGGUGGACAACCCCCUGAAGUCUUCUUGAGAGCUUUCCAGGUUGCUACAACUUGACUUUCAGCUUCAAUUUCCGUCUGUAGUAAUCAUCAAACCUUGGAAAUAAGAAAAUACUCUAUAAACUGUGAAACUCUUGCUUAUAUGAAGACAAUAUUCAGGUCUUUUUUAUUUUUACUAAA